AUGGUUGUUUAUGUUGAGAAUGGAGAGUUGCACAACGACUGGGAGGCUUUCCUGAACCACGAGUACGAUCCGAACGAACACAUUUCCUGUCGUCUGCUGCAUUAUUUCUACCUUGGCGGAGUCCUACAGGGAAUAGCCGAGGCUGCCGAACUGCCGCGUGUUGGUCUUGUAAAGGGUGGCCCCAGCCAGUACCAGGACCGUUCAAGUAACCAGCCUGGAUAUCAUGCAGCACACGUCGUUCGUGUCGGCGAAAUCAAACUAAAACUGGGCGUUGAAUAUACUGAGCUGUUCGAAGCGCUGAUGAUUUACAUUGGUCACACGCAAAAAGUGAAGGCGGAAGUUAACGUUUGGUACGUUAUCGGCGGUGAGAUCGAUCGCUUCCAGUCGUCCAAAUUGACUGCGCUUGGGGAGAUCGAUUUCAGAGUGAAAAAUAACGCUAAUGAGUACCGAAAGGUGGAGGGAUUGCUCAAGAAGUUCAACGAAACAAUAAUUCCUUACCUUAUGAACCCAGAAGAUAAUAACGUCAUAUCAGUCCGGCGACCACUCCAGCACGACUGGUUUGAGAAGUAUCCUUUCACAGCCGCUAAAUUGUACCAAGAGGGUCAUGAUGGCUAUCGCAAUGUGGUGGAUGGGGUUUUCCAAGAGUAUUAUAAAAUACUCAAAAGUGGCGAUAAAACCAACUAA